AUGAAUCACAAGAACCAACAACAACCUCCCAUGAUCAACCGCAAACUCAUCACCCUAUCCCUCUUCUUCCUCUUCAUCCUCUACGUCCUCACCCGACCGGACUUCCAUCCAAUCAAAACCCGCCACCUGUACCUCCCAAACCCAAACACAUGCAACAAACUCCCACUCUCCGUAUCCGAAUCCCUCGUCCACUACGCCACCUCCCUCAACACCACCCCUCAACAAACCCUCGGCGAAAUCUCGGUCACCCUUCGGGCCCUACAUACCAAAUCCCCCUGCAACUUCUUGGUCUUCGGGCUGGGCCACGACAGCCUCCUUUGGGCCACCCUCAACCACAACGGCCGCACCCUGUUUCUAGAAGAUUCCAAGGAGUGGAUAGCCGAGGUUAAAAAACGGGCCCCAUCGCUCGAGGUGCGCCACGUGGCAUACGACACGAGGGUCGGCCAGGCGGACGAGCUCCUCCUGGAAAAGUCGGGGGCCGAGUGCAGGGUUGUGGGGGACCCGAGAUCGUCGAAGUGCCAGCUGGCGCUGAAGGAUCUGCCGAGCGAGGUUUACGAAGCGGAGUGGGACCUGAUCAUGGUGGAUGCGCCAAUCGGGAUGCCGGGCUGGCCCGAAAGCCCGGGGAGGAUGAAGGCUAUAUAUACUGCAGGGCUUUUGGCGAGGAAUAGGAAGGAAGGCGAAACGGAGGUGUUUGUGCACGAUGUGGACCGGCAUGUAGAGGAUAGUUUCUCGAUGGCUUUCUUGUGUGAAGGUUAUCAGAAGGUGGAAGAGAAUAGGCUAAGGCAUUUUAGUAUUCCUAGUUACGGGGCAAAACCAAACAUGAAAUCCAAAUCACAAUUCCCCAUCAACCCCAAAACCAUCUUAAUAUGUUCCUUUUUCCUCUUCCUCCUUUUCUUGAUCCUAAGAUCAACCUCCCCAAACUCACCCCAACAAAAGCCCUCAAUAAUCUCACAAUCAAAUUCCCUGCAACAACAACAACAGCAACAAGAACAACAAGAACAACAGAACUUCCCAAUUUCCCCGACUGAUCCCCUUAACCUAACCCCAACAUGCACCAAACUCCCACCUUCCCUAGCAAACGCGCUUGUCCACUACGCGACCCAAAACAUCACCCCACAACAAACCCUCAACGAAAUCUCGGUCUCUCUCAAAAUCCUCGAGCAAAAAUCGCCGUGCAACUUUCUAGUCUUCGGGCUGGGCCACGACAGCCUCAUGUGGGCCUCCCUCAACCACAAUGGCCGAACCGUGUUCCUAGAAGAGGACAAGUCGUGGAUCGAGCAAAUCAAAAAGAAGGUCCCAUCCCUCGAGUCGCACCACGUCGUGUACAACACAAAGCGAACGCAAGCCGAAGAGCUCCUCGAGACGAGCACAAGGGACGAUUGCAGAGAGGUGAAGGACCCGCGAGUUUCCAAGUGCCCGCUCGCCUUAAAGAGCUUCCCGAACGAGAUUUACGAGGUGGAGUGGGACUUAAUCAUGGUAGAUGCCCCGACUGGGUACUUUGACGAGGCGCCCGGGAGAAUGAGCGCUAUCUACACGGCCGGGCUAAUGGCAAGGAAUCGGGAAAGUGGGGAAACGGAUGUUUUCGUGCACGACGUGGAUAGGGUGGUCGAGGAUAGGUUUUCAAAGGCAUUGUUGUGUGAAGGGUACUUAAGGGAGGAAGAAGGGAGGAUAAGGCAUUUUACGAUACCGAGUUAUAGGGCUCGUUCUGGCCGGCCUUUUUGC